UGCAUUGCAUCGGAGUUCAGUCGAUUCUCGUGAAAGUAGCCGUCUACAUUCGAUUGUAAUUGAAAUGGUGAACAGAGCGCUAACGUUGCUGUCUGUGCUCGCCUUUAUGGCGACGCCGGUUUGGAGUGCCAAUAUUCUGGCAUUAUUCAGCACCUUCAGCCCUUCGCAUUUAAUUGUGCACAUGUCAAUGAUUAAGACGCUGGCAGACCAAGGACACAACUUAACCAUUGUGACAACAUUGAAACUGAAAAUAGCGCCGCACGAGAAUAUGACAUUUAUUCAUGCUCCAUCGAAUGACGAUCGUCUUAAGGCCAUGAACGAGGGUCUGGAGAAAUUAUCAAGAGAGAAACUUAACAUGAUGAAAGACAUAUACAAUUCCGUGAUAAAUGCAGGCACCAUACUAGGCAUUGGAUAUGAUUUUGUGGUAGAUCCUAAAGUAAAAGCCAUCUACGAAAAUCCUCAGAUUAAAUACGAUCUGCUAGUUCUAGGUUAUCUGGGAAAUGAAUUCCAGUUGGGCAUUGCUGCCAAAUUGGAUGUGCCAGCAGUCCUCAUCUGGGCGGGAGGUCCCAUUACAUUUGUUGACGACAGCGUUGGCAAUAUCUACGAUCCUUCCUAUGUGCCAAGCAUAACAAUGGCGGCCGACCCAGAAAAUCAAACACACAGCUUCUCUUGGCGUAUACGUAACUUUGGCAAAUGGCUUGUAUUCAAAGCGUUAGGCUUAGCAUUGGAGUACAAAAUGAAUUCUUUCUAUGAGUACGUAAAAUCAAAGCGGGUCUUUGGGAAUGACUCCAACAUGCCCAGUUACGAUGAGGUGAAACAGCGAGUCUCCUUGCUCUUCUACAAUUAUCAUUCGCAUAGUGAAGGUCCUGUGCGUCCCACAGUGCCGCAGUCCAUUGAGAUUGGAGGAAUACAAAUCCAGGAAAAGCCUACUCCUUUGCCAGUAGAUCUUGCCGGAUUCCUUAAUAACGCAACUAAUGGAGCCAUCUUCUUCAGUCUGGGCACCAAUGUCAAGCUCAAGUACUUUGAACCCCAACUCAUUGAAACGAUCUACCAAGUGCUCUCUCGUCAGCCAUUGAGAAUCAUCUGGAAGUGGGAUGACCAGAAACCCAAGCCAGGCAACGCAUCUAACAUAUAUUUCCACAACUGGCUGCCCCAGGAUGACAUACUAGCGCAUCCAAAUACCAAGCUUUUCAUCACACACGCUGGCAAAGGAGGCGUCGCUGAGGCCCAGUACCAUGGAGUACCAAUGCUGGCUUUGUCGGUCUUUGCUGAUCAGCCUGGCAACGCACAGCUAAUGAUGGCAUCAGGCUUUGGAAUCAGUAUGGAUCUGCUUACGCUCAACAAGGAGAGUCUGGAGAAAGGCAUUCAAGAGGUGCUCAAUAAUCCCGUGUAUCGGGAUAAUGUCCGCAAAUUCUCGGAUCUUUAUCGCGAUCGUCCUUUGACAGCUCGCCAAUCUGUGAUUUACUGGACGGAGUAUGUGAUGCGUCAUAAAGGAGCUUACCAUCUGCGAAGUCCUAUUGUAAAACUUGGCUUUGUAGCACGAUACAAUCUCGAUGUUUUUGCCAUUCUUCUGCUCAUUCUCGUCUGCUCGAUGAUCUUCUUCGUAUUUCUGCUACGACUUUUAAUCAAAAAAAUUCGAUUGAAAACGCAGUUCAAGGUCAAAAGAGAAUAAUUGUCAAUUUGGCACGCGUUACGCAUUCGACGAGUUGGGGAGUGUAAAUGUCAUUAAACACUAAACGAUUUAUAUGAUUACAAAUUCAAGUUGAACAAGCCCACAUACAUAUAUACAACGACGAUUAUACAUACAUAUAUGUAAAACAUCAACAAGUUUCCAAUUCUCGCGCUGACUAUAAAUAAAAUGUUUGUGCUGAUUGUUACUCUCUGCCUCCGCUCUCUGAAAUGUGCAACACUGAACCAAAAUGAUGUAAUCUAUAAAUUAAUUUAAAAAGAAAAAUGUUUAAAACUAACUGUAGUAAUUAUUUAUAACAUGUUUUUUAACAAUAUAUUACUAAAGAACGAACAUUUUUUAUUUAGUA